GGCGACAUCAGUGCGUAACGUCCGGCUACGGAAGCCGGUGUGGAUCAGACAUGUUUCUUGAAGAUGGCGGAAUACUUGCAGUCUGAUGGACCGAAGCUGUCUGAACUCCUAGAGAAAGGAUGGCGGUCACUGGAAGAACUGGACGGGUCCAGUGAGCCAAGUGGAUCCCGUGAGGUGCAAGACAAAGUGAAACAAGGCCUGGUGGCAUUGGAGCAGGCUGUGCGAAUGGUGACCCAGCUAGAUCUGUUCAGGUACCUCCCUGGGAUUGGGCUCCUGGGAGGCCUCAUCAAAGUGUGUCAUAGUUACCAUGAUGGUCAUGUUAGUGGGAAGUUUGAGAAAGAUCCAGAGUUGGUGUAGUUUGCAACCUUUCAUUUCAUUAUGUUCCCAAUAUAAAUAUAUAAAAUGUUCUGGGGAGGCAUUAAACAAGAGUCUGACUAUAUAUACUAAAAGUGUUUUAAUUACAGAUAUGGUUUGCCAGCCUCAAACUUAUGCAAUAGCUGGUGGUGGAGGUGCUACCCUUUGGCCACCCCUGGUUUACUCUCUUUAUUUUAUAAUAAUGUGGCUGCAUGAGCUGAAUUUCAGAUUCAUUUUCCCACUAAAUUUAUACACUGGGGUUGCAUCAUCUGCUUUUCAUUUUUAUAAUAUAUUAAAUUUACACGUAGUUAUGUAUUGUUUUUAUUUAUUUAUUUUGUUUUUCCCAGCCGUAAUGAGGACUUAGAUGAGAUUUCUUCGGCAGAUAUAAAGUAUUUGCUCUUGCCAGCCUUACAAGGAGCUUUGACCUUAAAGCAAGUUGGCCUCACUCAAAGACUAAAUCACCUAGAGACUGCCCGCACUUAUUUUAUGGACUUCUUACAGCGAUGCCAUGAAUACAAAGUCUCUGCAUUCAAUCUUCCUCAACAGAAGGGCAGAAACUCUAAUGCAGAAGAAAACUCGCACCACAUUGCGCAUCCAACAUCAAAUCCAAAUCUAACAGCUAUGGCUUUACAGAGGCAAGCAAAGAUCGAGAGGUAAGACCAAUAAUGUUGUACUCUACAGACCUAUGGAUCUUUCAGUAAGAACAAACACACUGAUUUUAGUGUGAAAGCACUUGGUUUGCAAACUGGUUACAUUACACCUGUGUAUUGUGAAUUUGGCAGCAUCCACUGGUGACGGCUGUUGUGAUUGACACUUAGAUGCUGCCCUGAGUCUCAGAAAGUCAAGUGAAGGAGAAAUACAGAGACAUAGUAGUCCCUACUUUAUCUCUGUAUAUCUCCUGAUUGGGUGGGAAUAUCAAUGAAAUUCCAACACUAUCAUAAUGAGCAUUUCAUAAAGAUUGUAUCUUUAUAAAAUACAAACUUUUCAGGAAGGAAGGGGUGUCUUCAGCAACGUGAAUGUAAAAAGAAAAAGGAUAGAUCUCCAACGCAGAGAAUACCCUUCCUAAGACUACUCAUACUCUUUGUUAGAAACGAUUUUCCUUACAAAAGAAAAAAAGUUAAAGGGACAGUCAAAGCUCCCAAACAUCUUUAGCUUAAAGUGGAUCUCUCACUUUUCAGUAUUUCAUAAAGAUAUAUUUUUUUAUGGAAUACUGAUCAAGACUGCAUAAUCCAAAGAUACCAUAAGGCAAAUUAGCGACUUCUUUAUUUUAUGGCCAAACCUGACAUUGAUAAGAGACAUAGUUCUGCCGUCACCUUUUAUCCAAUCCAAGCAUUCAGGCUCUAUCUAUGGAGGUUCCUGUGGGAUCCUCCAUUUAUCUGUGUUGUCCUCUCAUGCAUGCAGAGAUCUUACUGCUGGCAACUAAAACGCCAGGAGCUGAAGAGGACCUGUUGGAGGAAAAUUGCAGUGAUUGCGAGGGACAUUUUUUGGUGAGUAAAACUUACCUUCUCCUUUACCCCACGGCCACCAGACCCACACCGAAUCUGUCACUUUCACGGUUCUUUGCAAAAUAUGAAAGUUACAGAUCUGCUUUAAUGAAGUAGUAGCUCUUGUCCCUGCAUUAUAACUGUUGACUUCUCUGCUUUUUAAGGCUUUAACUCACUUUUGUUUCUGUUUAUGCAGCCCCAGCCAUACCUUCCCUAGCUUUGACGCAAACAGCCUCCAUGAAAAAAAAGUUUUAAUUGUAAAUCAGAUCUUAAAGCACAGUGUGCUGUUAACUCCUGCUUUGUUAAUCAAACUUCAAGUACAAGAGCCUGCAAUAGGCUCUAGCAGGCUAUUAAUGUAGCAAAAGAAAAUAAAUUCUAAGUUUCCUGUGCAAUAAUGGGAAGCUAAUCAAUUUAGACUCUUCUUUUCAUAAAGUAUGUAAGGAGACUGUGUAAGUCUCACCCUGGGUAGGUGUGGCCAGGGCUGCAUAAGCAAAGUGAUUUAAUGCCUAAAUUGCAAAGAAUUGAUAAUGGAGACUGCAUGGACAUGGUCUAUACACCAACACCACUUCAUUAAGCUACAAUAAGUUUGGUGUAAUCGAGAUCAGGAAGGAGGUUCAGCGCUGAUAGGAAAACAGAGAAUAUGACAGCAAGGCAGCACACCUAUGGAACAGGGGAAUCCACUCUAAGCCCCUUGGAAUACAAUGGAGAGAAAAGAACAAAUAAAGGUGCGCCUAAGACAAGUAGAAUGAAUAUAUAAAAAAAUAUAUCAGAGAGUACAAGCAGCGAUACCUAAAAAAAGUCUGAAUGUUAAUAGUCUACAAAUGUAGGAGGUAGUCCUAGUGGUACAUAAAAUGGUAUGUGAAGUCCCAGAUGUAUAUCUGCAGCUUCAAAGUGGAUAUGUGAAGAAAACAGAAGACAAGGGAAACUCCAAUGGCAUAGUAUGAACGGUAAAUAAUAUUGUAUAUAUAAUAGUAGAACUACUCACAAUAUUCAGAGCUUAAAUCCAGCUCUGGUAUAAAUGGCACGGAGUGGAAUAAUCCCCACUCAAGGAUAUACGGUGCUCCUCGUUUGUUCUUUAGCAGAGUACUUUGGUGGAGUAGUAAAAGGAUAAAAUAUAUAGUGCUCACUGUAUAGUUGAUAAAAUGUAGAAACAGAAUAUGCUCGGUGGAUGGCGUAUGGGUGGUAUAAUCCCCACUUUAGGAUUAUUUAGGAUUAUUGGUACUCCAAUAUAGACAAAAAUGUAGUAGUAGUCAGGUCUGAAUAAAAUAAACUUGAAAAUAAUAAAAUUAUACUAAAAGAAAGUAAUGUAAUUCUAAGGUGGAAAGAGGAAUGUGGCAACCAAAUGUAUAAUAGCCCAAUAUUCCUUUAUUAACACUUAGAUUAUAUAAAAAGAUCUUAUACGCGUUUCGCCACAAUAGGCUUCAUCAAGUAGAAAUUUAUAAAAAGAGAAAACAGACCUAACAUAUAGCACUUAUCAAAGAAAACAUAAAUAAGUUUGGUGCUUAGAGUGUCCCUUUCAUGGUCAAAAACACUAUAAGAAAAUUACAGGCUCAUUCAGAGUGUUUAGUUUGAGAAGAUGUGAACAUUCUAUGGCUGUGAACUUCUUCUCUUCUGUCCAGUGGUCAAAGGCAAAGGAUGUGACUUUUAACAAUAAGAAAUGCUGCAAACCUUGGACAGGUUGUCGAGUCGCAUGGACAAGAAGAUGACUGCCUUAGAAAUCACCUGGAUUUCUUUGCAACAGGGAGAGAAUCCAGCUUUCUAAAGAAAGCUUUUUUUUAUUACCAUGUUUUGGGUAACUCUAACCAUGAAUACAUCAACUACAGGUUGAUGUGCUCACCUAGAGUCAAGAAUUAUUCAAGGAACAUCCUUGGCACAAGAAAAUCAACUUUCUUCAAACCAAGAGUUAAAAGCGAGGUUAUGUUCUCUAGUGGGUUUCAAGACUUUAUUCAAGAAAGACCAGUGUAUCUUUCUUAUUAUUGAAAGUGCAUCUUGGUUAUUUUGUGACAUUUUUAACAAUGCAAUACUUCUAAUGUCUAUUCAUACUGUCGUGUAAUCCUUUUUUAAAGCAAGCAGCCAUGUUGCUGAAUCAGUCUGUUUUAUAAGGGCUCUGUGAUCAAUAAAUUGCGCUUCUAUCUAAUCCCAGGUACAAACAGAGAAAGGAGCUCGAGACCCGGCUUUCUGGACUGCAGGAGUGUGUAAGGCAUGGCACAGCAGAAGAAGAACAAAUCAGAGAAUUUUACCUUCUUCAGCUUCAGCGUUGGGUGUGUACUGCCCUGGAGGAGAUAGAGAGCAUAGAUCAAGAGCUACCAAUGGUUAAGGCAAGGGAAAUGAUAAAGAAGGUAGGUGAUCAUGGGAAUAUUUUCAGCCUAUACUUAGCUAGUUUUGUUGUGUAUCCAUUGUUAGGCAACUUAACAUGGCAUAACUGAGCAUAGACAUGUGUACAGAAGUUAAAAGUAACAGCUUAUAGUGUAGUAAGACAGAGUGUCAAUAAUCACACAUAAAUACAAUAUAGAUCCACUCACAUACUGCUGAGUCACUCAGAGUUAACUCAGACUUAAGGGCAGGAAUAGAGACCUCCCUUAACACCUACAGGACCUUCCCCGGCUUGUUUCUUCACUUUGGUUUGUUCAUGCACUUUGAGGAAGACCUGUGGCGGGUCAAAUCGUGUGAUUGCGACUCUGUUCUGUGUGCUACAAUAAAGUUGGAAUUAUGCUAUUGGAAGUUGUUCCUGUCUUCUGUUUUGAAAGAUAAAUUCAUAUUUAUUUGUUGUGUGCAGUGACACAGCAGUUGUAUUGCACCUUUACUACACACUUAGCUUUUUAAAAAUAUUUUAUUUUAUUGAGAAUGUGUACAAAAGCUGUUUGCAUAGCAGUUUCAUUUAUAAGGCUUCCAUUAACAUUUUAAAAACAAAAAACAUAGAUUUUGUCUAGAAUGUGCACAGAUUUUGUACAUUUCCCAGAAACAUCUGCACAGCCAUUAUUUUCUAUAUUUUAGAUUUUUUGUACUUUCUCUUAGAGGUUUAUAGGAGAAUCAAAAUUGUGAGUUGGCACUGCUUAAUUGUGGGGAUAAACUACAAAUUAGGGUAGUAUUACAUUUUUUUUGUUUUUGCAUUUUUAUACAAUUUGGUAAAUCCACCAUGCCAUAUAAUAAUAAAAACAAAGUAUUUAACCAGGAAAGGUGCUUUCAGAUUACUCUGGUUUCCAAGUACAUCCUGGGGAUGCUACUUCUGCCCAACAAACAGGGAAUGUUACUCGCUGUUAAAAAUUAACUAAAUUAAAUAGUUGCUGUGUAGUGCUACCAUUCUGUUAGAUUGGCAUGCUGAAAGUUAUGUUUUUCAAAUGCAGCCUUUUCUGCAGUCUUGUCACCUAGUCAUCGUGUGCUUAAAGUAACAACAUAAUAUGUUGACCAUCAAGAAACUUUAACAGGGUUUGUGACCCAUGAAAAUCACAUUAAAUUUCUUUGAGUUAAGACUAUUGCUAUAGAAUAUUAAAGUCCACUGAACCUGUAAGUCCAUCUGAUGUCCAGGUGACAAAUCCUGCACUCUGGAUUAUUUAACAAUCCUGUGUAUAUGUUGGUUCUGGCGUAACAUGGGCACAAGAGGGGCAUGGUAAUCAUUCUUGCCUGCUACACAUUUAGAUGCCAUUGACAAUCUGCAGGAAUGUUAUCUUUUCAAGGGGUAGUGGCAGUUCCAUGCUAUUUUCUUCUUUCCAUACUGGCUCUUCUCCCUUGUUUUUAUUUUUUUUUUUUUUUUUAAACAAAUUUUUUAUUUGCCACCAAUACUUAUUAUCUGGUAUUUGAAGCAAAAACUGAAGAUCUUACUUUGGUUCCUAUAGCUGAAAGGAACACUAUAGGCACACACACCACUUCAUCUCAUUGAAGUGGUCUGAGAGCAGUGUCCCUGUCCCCCUUAACCAUGCAUUGCAAAAUAUUGCAGUUUUUGAGAAACUGCAAUGUUUACAUAGCUGUGUUAAAGGGGAAACUCCAGUGCCAGGAAAACAAUACGUUUUCCUGGCACUGCGGGUCCCCUCUACGUCGGCCAGUGGGCGAGACUGAUCCCGCCCACAGGCCGGGGAGACCUAAUGCACAUGCGCGGCAGUGCCGUGCAUGCGCAUUAGAGCUCCCCAUAGGAAAGCAUUGAAAAUGCUUUUCAAUGCUUUCCUAUGGGGAAUUGAGCGAUGCUGGAGGUCCUCACACAGCGUGAGGACAUCCAGCGACGCUCUAGCACAGGUUUUCUGUGCACUUCUAGUGGCGGUCUAUGAGGCACAUUGGAUUGGACCCUAAUGGAGGCAGGGCCUCCUCCAUGAUGUUGGCUGGGGAGGAGAGGUCAGCAGCGCUGGGGAAAAAGGUUGCAAAACGUAACUCACGUAUGCAUCCUCUCCAUAUGCAAUACACAACAUUAAUUACCUUUCCAGGGGUAAGAGAAGUGCUGCUCGGCGGUCCUAUGCCAUAACACUGUGCUUUUGCGACAUACAGGUGUAUGCCGGCCGCAUGAGAUCCACACUGUUAUAUAGCCUCACGUCUGUCCACGGUGGUAGCGGCGUAAACGUGCGGGUGAUGUCACGCUGAGGGCGCACGUUUUGGGGUCAAAGGCCAGAUACGCCCAAUCUGAUUCACAGGAGGGACAAUUAAACUCUCUCAUUUCUUCUACUCAUUGCCCUGUCAUGGUUUCCCUUUGCUUGUUGUCCGAGAGUGUGUUCCUGAUCGUGUUUUUUGGUUAUUGACUUUGGCUUUGUUCUGACUUCCCUGUAAUCUAUUUCUUGCAACUGUGUUUCGUUCUGUAUUUCUGACCUCGGCUAGUAUUUCGACUAUUCUCUAGUACAGUAAGUCCGGCCAUUCUAAGGUCCGGUUAGACGUUACCCUUAUUCCUAAGUGUGAUACUAAUACUGCGUGUUGGAUCCGUUGUAUUCCUGACAGUAACUUUUUAAGAAAAACUUUUUUGCUCUAGUAGCAGAGACCUAUUUAGGGCUAGGGAGAGGGACACUAUAGCAUUAGGAAUACAGAUUAUAGUGUUUCCUUAAGUCAUUCUUUCAUAGGCUGACACAACUCUAAACAGAUUGUUUCUUUAUUUUUUUUGUUAUAUUGUAGGGACAUGAAAUGACCGCUCCAGCACGUCAAACGAGACCCCCCAUGAAACCUUUCAUCUUGACUCGGGAUGCUGUGCAGGCAAAGUAAGAAAUCUCUCCUAUACACUGUAUAUUAUUUUUUUUUAAUUUUGUCUCUGCAUCUGUUUUCCUGGAUAAUUUUAUACCUUUUUAUAAUUUUAGGAGCCAUUAUUUUUUUCACUAGCAUCUGUUACACAAUACAUAAAAAAAUAACUAAAAUAUUUACUUUUAUGGAAAAGCUUGAAUACUUGAAGGUGACUAUUUGGAAUUAGUUCUGUAACUUUUAGACAGCCAGAAACUGCAAUGCAAUCGGCAUGCAUUUUCCCCAAGUUGUGUUAUUAUAGAGACUGCUUUACCUUGCAGGGUGUUGGGAGCAGGAUAUCCUAGCCUACCCACUAUGACUGUGGAUGAUUGGUAUCAGCAACAUCGAGAAAAGAAUGUCUUGCCUGACCAGGGUGUUUUCAGUAAACCAAGAGGUAUGUUUCAGCAGCUUAAGCCAUUGCAUGUUACUGGAAUAUGUCAUGAAAAAUACAGAUUAAGGAACAGCAGACACACAAAAAAAUAUAGCUUUAAAUUUUACAAGGCUCAUUAAAAUCACCUAUCUUAGCAAACAAAUGUGGGGAUUCAGUUCUACUAUAUGGCUAUAUUGUGAUCACCUCCAAAGGAUCACCUAUAGGUGGAGGAGUUGGGUCCCUAAAGGAAUCUAGUCUGGAUUCCAAAUAUAAACAGAAAAAAUGGGAAUUGUAGCACUCCUGGAAGAUGCAUUAACCAUAUUUGUUUGCUAAGAUAGAUGUUUUUAAGGAACCUUGUAAAUUGUAAAGCUAUUUUUUUUUUUUUUUUGUGUGUGUGUGUGUGUGUGUGUGCAUUGUUCUUUAACUAUAUUUUGCAUAAAUUUUGGUCUAUAUGGCAGCACCACUACUGAGAAAUGCAUUUUCUGAGUGUGCCCACAAUUCCUCUUUUUACUGGAAUGUGUAAUGAACACUGAUCUGUCCAUACAUCUGCCUUUUCCUCAUAAACACUGCUAAUCAAUAUUGUCACUAUCAGAAAAAUCAUUUGGAUUCCCAUUGUUAAAAAAAAACAAACAAAAAAAACCCCACCUAUAACACAUCUAUUUAACACAGUUCAAAGUUUCAACUCACUACUGGAAAGUGUAAAUUGGCCUGAUGAUUUAAAAGUCACCCCUAGCGACUGUGUCAAGGACCCUCUAAGCUGACAGUAGGGAGUAACUUUUAAGGCCUGCCUACUAGCAUACAACUUGAAAUUGUAGGUCUUGCAUUAAAAUAUACGUAAGUACCCAUUUAUGAGGUUAAUUUUGUACGUGGGGCAAUUUUUAUAUAAAGAAUAUUGUUUACUAAGACAUAUAUUUUUCGACUUUUAAAAAGAUUCCCGGCUUAAGUUCAUAAGCUAUUUUUAAGUUGUAUAGAAAAUAGCAAAAAAAUGAAUGUGAAUAUUGUGCUAGACCACUAAAUCGAAGUGAUAUAAGGAGCACACACGACGACUACGGGUUCCCUCACCCAAAAAUUUAAAACAGGUACAGAAAAUGUAAUAAAGAAACAAGGUUGCACCUAACAGGAAAAUCUCAUGUUUGCAUUUACUAGCGUAUUGUUCAGGAUAACCAUCUGCAGUGUAAAGAAAAUAAACUCAAAGUACACCUUAGUAAAUUGAAUAGAAAAAAUCUUUAAAGGUGCACUAUAGGGUUAUUAGGGCCCUCCUCCCGCUGGGCUGAAGGGGUUAAAACCCCUUCAGCCACUUACCUUAAUCCAGCACCGGGCUCCCUCAGCACUGGUGACCUCUCCUCCCCCUGCCGACGUCAGCGCCGAAUGCACAUGCGCAGCAAUUCAAACCACCCAUAGGAAAGCAUUACUCAAUGCUUUCCUAUGGACGCCCAGGGACAUCUCAGUGUGAUUUUCACACUGAGAAUUGCAGAAGCUGGAUUAACCCUCAAUGUAAACAUAGCAGUUUCUCUGAAACUGCUAUGUUUACAGCUGCAGGGUUAAAACUAGGGGGUCCUGGCACGCAGACCACUUCAUAGAGCUGAAGUGGUCUGGGUGUCUAUGGUGGUCCUUUAAUGAGUAACAAGAUAUGAUAAACAUUCAUAGAAAUAAAGUGCAAAAGCAUGCAAUAAAAUUACACAGUUUAGAAAGCUACAUAAAUCCAGGCACUAAAGUGCUCACUAAACUGGUCCAAUAGAUAAGAGAACAAAGAGUAUACUAACCCUGGAGCUGGAGACUUACAAACCAUGAUGUUUCGGUGCUUAGCCUUCUUUUGGGGGAUCUCACAGUCUGCAGUGUGUCAGUGUAAGGAUAUAAUGAUAAAACAAACACAAAUCGAAUACUGAUAGUUUAGUAACUUUUGCCAGGGUGGUGGGUAUGAAAUCAGAGAAGACGUACUCACAAAAGUGAAGCUUGUUACAGAUAUGUGUUCAUUUAGGCCAGGGGUUCUCAACCUAGUCCUAGGACCCCCUACCAGUCCACGCUUUAGGGAUUAUCCUGCAUUGUCUAAUGUGGUUUUUAGAGGGGUAGGGGGUACAAACACUUUAGACACAACAGGGUAAUUCCUAAAUCCUGGACUGGUAGGGGGUCCUUGAGGGCUGGGUUGAGAACCCCUGAUUUAGGCUAUUUUGGUCUUACAAUUGAAAUUCAAUUUGAAUUCUUAGCAAUUCUCAGGAUCAUAUUUUAGCAUUGCUCAGGAUCAUAUUUUUGCAUUAGCAAUACAAGUUAUGACCACUUCCCCAUUUAUUUUUGUACAGAUGAGGAGCAGGAGGCAGCUGAGCGCGAGAGAAAGGAAGAGAUCGAUGAUCCAGAAGCAUUGCAGAAGGCUCGAAACUGGGAAGAGUGGAAGGAUGAUCAUCGUCGCGGUUAUGGAAACCGCAAGAACAUGGGCUGACGCUUUGUUCUUAGUUUCAGCAGCAUUUUGGUUGUGAGAUCGGCAUUUACAGAGUUUGUGAAUAAGAUAUUUUGCUCCAUUCUCAGUGCUGCUGGUUAUUGACAGAGGUGUGGUUGGAGUAGAAGCUGAGUGCCCUAGGUAUAAGCUGUAUUCUAACUGCAAUUUAUAGUGAUGGUAAACUUAGUGCCUUCACUUUGUGCCAUCAAUGCAGACUGAUACCAUCAUGCCAUAUUUAAACUUUAUUUUGUAUUUAUUUUGACAUUUUUAUUUAAAAUAAUUAAAUAAAAUAUAUUGUGCUGAUGGCGUCUCUGGCUAAUAUGAGUUCAUUUUUUUUAGCAUUGGUUUUGUCUGUGAGACAUAGGAUAGAGCUGUAAACAUUUUUUUUGGAUUACACUGGAUAGAUUUUUAGUUGAAGGGAAUUAUUUCUAUAUCUGCAUUUUUUUUUCUUUUAUGACUAUAUUUUUUUAGUAACACUAAAUUUACCACCACUCUCAUAGCGUUAUUGGUUGUGUUAUUUGAUUAUUAAAUACUCCAAUGAGAGGCCCACAAAGACGCAAAUUUGCAUAGGGGAAAAAAAUAAUCCAAAACUUCUAUCUUAUACACAACCCUUAUGUUGUAUUUUUUUUAUUGUUCAAUAAACAGAACUGGGCAUAUUAUGUGCCCUUGUUGAAAUUAUUUGUUAAAAAAAUGAUUAAAAUUAUUACCAUGUUUUCUAAUGAAGUAUUCAUUAUUUUUAAAAUAUUGUUUAAACUAUAAGGUCAUUUCCCAGCAGGCCUGGCUAUAGCUUUUUGCAUUGAUCCAAGGUUAUUAAAUUGGGUAAUAAUAACAAACUCUAUAGUUACAUUUCUUGUAUGUCCUUUUUUUUUUUUUUUUAAUAUAUAUAUUUAGUUAAAUUCUUCAUUUUUUGUUGUGCAUAGAAAUAACAAGAGGCUUGCAGUGCCACAAUAGCCACAGCAAGCAUUUCAGAAGUCAUAGCAUAACAGUUGCAUGGCAUUACAAUAAUAAUGCACGAGUUCAUUUUAUAAUGUAGCAAGACUAGGUUUCAUGGUUGGAUCUAGAAUAAUGUGUUAUUAG